AUGUCAGGUUACUUCGAUGGGUUCACAAUUAACAAGCUUUCGGAUACCUUGUCCAAUGCGGCGCACAAAACACAAGACAAAUUGAACUCGGCAAUUGCAAACAUGCAAUUGGACGAUCCGCAAGCCCGACUAUCGCUCAAAACGCGUACACGUUACCUCCAAGAAACUCUGGGAGCAGUUGACGAUAUCAGCCAGUUACCUCCGCAGUAUCAACUCCUCGAGAAGAAAUGCGAUGCGAUUGAGAAAGUCUGUCGCAGAAUUUUGGUUGUGACAAGGACAUUCGAGGUUGAGGGAUACGACUAUCCUCCCAACUUGAGCGAAAGCAUUAGCGACUGGUGGAGCACCAAUAGGGAAGGUAUUUUCGGAUUCAUAGGGAACAAAAGUAAGGGCAGCAAGGAUCUGCAAAACGAGAAGGAGGCAGAAGCUUUUUUGCCCCGGUCCUUCGCACAAGCGUUGUCUAAAGCUGCCAAAGACUGCGGCCAGAUCGUAUCGGACCUGGAAAAGGAGAGCCGUCAGCAUUCGGGCAAUGACCCGGAAGAAGAGGACGAAGAUCUGAUUUCGCUAGGUAAGAUGCUAGACAGUUGGGCCGAGUGUGAGCGCAGCAUCGAUGAGGGAAAGGAGCAGAUGGACACUCUAAUGGCUAAAGAGUUCAAUUCCAAGAUCAAACAGAUGUUGGAUGAAGAUUUCAAAAAAGUGCAUGCGCUGCGUAAAAAAGUCGAAGAGUCGAGAUUGAAGUUUGACACCUUGCGCUACGAACUCAAGGUCAGAGAAAGCCAAACGGCGACGACCAAAAAGGAGCCGGAGGCGGAAAAUGCAGAGAAAUCACUUGCAGACUCAUCUCCAAAUAAGGAAACAAACUCAUCAGCGAACGCUCCGGAAGUAGCCAAGGACGAAACUCCUCAGCCCGAAACUUCUAAGUCCGAAACAUCAGAGCCCAAGGCUUCUAAAGCUGAAGUGGAGGUUCCUCCUGCUGAAGAAAAUGAGGAACAUAACCUCCUGGAAACUUUAGAGGACGAGUUUGUCUCGAGUACCACUGAAGCCGUUGAAGCCAUGACUUCCGUCACGGACAGCGUAGAAGUGGUGUCGCUUGUGCGACUAUUCCACAACUUGCAACUAGUUUAUCACAGACAGUGCGUUCAAGAUUUGGAAGCGAGUAUGAAGACGCUGGAUGAACUUGAAGGUGCCGAAGCCUAG